AUGGGCCUCGAAUACUACGACGACUUUCUCGCCAAAGUCGCAGACCCGCCCCGCUGGCACGACGCCCAGGAGCAGGUCCUCGUCGAGCCUUACGCCUACCUCGCGUCGAUACCGGGCAAGGAGGUCCGCUCGGCCCUCAUCGCCUCGUUCAACACGUGGAUGCAGGUCCCCGAACCCGACCUCGACACGGUCAAGAAGGUCGUCGGCAUGCUCCACACGGCCUCGCUCCUCAUGGACGACGUCGAGGACGACUCGCACCUGCGACGAGGCAUGCCCGUCGCGCACAAGAUCUACGGCAUCCCGCAGACGAUCAACUCGGCCAACUACGUCUACUUCCUCGCGUUCCAAGCCCUGCAGCGGAUACGCCCGCGCCAGGGCGUCAAGGUCGAGGAGAUGGUCACCGACGAGCUCCUCAACCUCCACCGCGGCCAGGGCAUGGACCUCUUCUGGCGCGAGAACCUCAUCUGUCCGACCGAGCCCGAAUACAUCGACAUGGUCAACAACAAAACCGGCGGCCUGUUCCGCAUCGCCAUCAAGCUCAUGAUGGCCGCCUCGCCCGAAUCUCCACCCAGAGACUACGUCCCGCUCGCCAACCUUAUCGGCAUCAUCUUCCAGAUCCGCGACGACUACGUCAACCUGCAGAGCGCCGAGUACACGGCCAACAAGGGUUACUGCGAGGACCUGUCCGAAGGCAAGUUCUCGUUCCCGAUCGUGCACGCCAUCCGCGCCGACACGACCAACCGCCAGCUGCUCAACAUCCUGCGCGAGCGCCCCUCGUCGCCCGGCCCGAAAACCUACGCCGUCACCUACAUGGAGACGCGCACGGGCUCGUUUGCGUACACGCGCGACGUCCUGCGACGCCUCAUGGUGCAGGCGCGCGCCGAGGUGGCGCGCCUCGGCGGCAACGCGGGCGUCGAGCAGAUCCUCGACAAGCUCGAGCUGGGCGAGUUCCGCAACGAGCAGCACGAGCAGGACGAGCGCGAGACGAUGGAGCGCGUCCUCGAGCGCGUCGUGCGCAGCAGGCCCGUCAGCGAGGUCAACGGCGUCGGCGCGCUCGGCCUCGGCGGCCUCGGCGGCGGCGCGUCGACGUACGGGCUCGGACAGGGGCGCGGCGAGCGCCUGCGCGAGCACUCGGGCGCGUCGACGCCCGCCGGCAGCAUCAGCAGCAGGAGGUCGUCGCGCCCGGCGUCGGUCGUCCAGCCGCCGCAACCGCAACCGCGCCCGCAGCAGCAGCAGGGGCAGCAGGAGGAGGACGACGAGCCGACGGCGAGGCACAUCUUCGAGUCGAUGGCGCCGCCGUCCUGA